AAGUACGAACGUUGUCAUUCACUUGUUUUAAAUCUCAUAAAUGGUUUAUCAGAAAAAGAGGCACAUGAUGCUCUAAGCGGAGUCGUAUGUAAGAAUUCUCAAAGUCAUGAUGAUGUUAACCUUGGUCUUUUAAUUGCGAUUUUAACUGACCCCACUAACGCAUCUAGGUAUUAUCGUGAUCUAACAUAUUUACAGCGUGAUGGUUUAACAUUAGUUUUGAAUCAGCUUACACAAAUAAUUUUAGAAAAAUUUAAUAAACUUCAAGAAACAAGUCGGAAUCAAUUGAUUUGGCUUGUAAAAGAAAUGGUAAAAAAUUCGCAUGCUGUUGAUGGUUUGUGUUAUCAUUUGCUUCGACAGAUAGCAGGUGGUGAUUUAUCUGUAAAAAAUAUGUGGUUAACAGAAACCCUAUUAGAAAUUUUCAUUGAAAACAGAGGCUGGGUGGAAAAAUUUUCUGUGUUAGUCGCAACAAUUGUAUAUACAUACCUCCGGUUAAUAGUCGACCACAUAGGUCCCAAAUUUUCAACGUUAAAGCAACGAGAAGUAGAUUUUUGUGUUUCAUUAUUGAGAGAAAAGUUUUCAGAGUGUAUGAUGAUUGGACGAGACUUAGUUAGGUUAUUAAUGAAUGUAGCUCGAAUACCUGAAUUUGAAAAGCUUUGGAGAGACAUCUAUCUCAACCCUACAUCUCUUUCUCCUAGUUUUACUGGAAUUAUCCAAUUGUUAACAACGAGAACGCCUCGUCGUUUCCUCCAGUGUAGACUAACUCCAGACAUGGAGAAAAAAAUUGCCUUUCUAACGUCGCAGGUAAAAUUUGGUCAUCAAAAAAGGUAUCAAGAAUGGUUUCAAAGACAGUACCUUUCUACACCUGAAAGUCAAACCCUACGCUGUGAUCUCAUUCGUUUCAUCUGUGGUGUCAUUCAUCCGUCAAAUGAAGUCCUGUGUUCAGAAAUCAUUCCUCGUUGGGCAGUAAUUGGCUGGUUACUGACCACUUGUACAUCCAAUGUUGCAGCUUCUAGUGCAAAAUUGUCAUUGUUUUACGACUGGCUGUUUUACGAUCCUGAAAAAGACAGCAUCAUGAACAUUGAACCUGCAAUUCUUGUAAUAUAUCAUUCCGUGAGGUCGCAUCCAGUUAUCACAGCAACGCUUCUGGAUUUUUUAUGCAGGAUAAUGCCAAACUUUUGCUUAACACUCAAAGCACAAGUAAAACAAGGCAUAUACACAUCGUUGCGUCAAAUUUUAGAAAAACGGGUCUUACCGUCCUUAUCACCAUUAUUUGACAGUUCUAAGUUAGAUACAGAAUUACAGAUAUUGCUUAGAGAAACAUUUCCAGAAUUUUGUUCCCCUACAGGAAUUAAAAUAGACGAGACUCUUAGAGAUUCUUCUGAGCUAAUGAUAAAAACAAAUCACACAUCUGUUGUUAAUAAUACCGAACAUGAAGCUCAGUUCAGCGAAGACGAAGAUGACAUUCCUUUAGAUAAACUUCGAAUCCGAGACGUGAAAUUUCGACCGAUCCGAGAAAACAACAAAAUGGAUCAAAUAGUCAUUGUCGAAUUAAUUCAGCAGUUAAAUGGCAAUAUUAAGCAACACAUUCUUAACCUUCAAGAUGAAAAGGAUGGGGAAACUCGGUGUGAGAUUAUGGAAAAAUUAUUGGAAGCUGUUCUUCAGGAAGAAUUUGAUCAAGACGUAACAUCAACGUUAGGAUUAUGCUUAGCACAAAUUCUUGCUGAAGAAUUCUGCCGGAAAAUAUUUCCAACAGAAUUAGAUGAUGAAUCCAUUGAAGAUUCUAUUGGCACACCGCUAUUUGUGAUGUUUAGGAACUUAUGUCAAACACCAGAAGAUGAUCCCAACCGACAACCUCUGUUGAACAUAUUGGCUGAAUUGUCUAUGCAUCAGAAUCGUUUGGGGUACCUUCUUUUGUAUUUUCUUAAGGCUAGUAAAGUACAAGAGAAUAGAAUGUCUUCUUAUAAGGACUAUGUAAAUACUCAGGGGUCAUGGGCACCUGUAACCAGAAAUAGUGAAACAAAAGAUUUAGCAACCUGCUUACUUAGUGAUUUAAAGCUAUGUCAAGAAGAUGAUGUUAGAAUGUUUUGUUACAUCAUUCCUGAUAUUUAUACCCAGUUUCCCAAUAUUGCCAUUGGAAAUGCAGAGCUUUUAAAUUUAAUAGUGUCGUGCAUUGAUCCAACUCAGCUUCAAGACCUCAUAUGCCUUAUUUUGCAGAGAAAUAUUGUAAUGUUUAGAAAAGAUUCCUUCCUAUCCGUUUUAAAUGCAAGUUUAGAAUGGGAAUCUUUUGAGCAGUUUUGCCUGUGGCAGCUAAUAUCUGCGCAUAAUAUUCCGCUUGACUAUAUACUUCCUAUUCUUCCUAAAUUAGAAUUCACUGCUCAUUCUGAAGCUUUGACUAGUAUUCUAUUACUGCUAAAGCAAGAAAAACCAAGUCAGACCUUAUUGAAGCACAUAAUGUGUCGUGAAGUUAAGCUUACUGAUCAAUUUGUUGUAUCUGUUUUAAAGUAUUGGACUCAAGAGCACGAAGAAAAGUUAGCGGAACUAAUUUCUUCACAAUUAUCAAAGUCUGGUUCAGCUCUCAAAAGGAAACGGCAGCCAAACAGCAAGUCCUUGGGUCCGUCUGUUGAUCAAACUCUUGCUCAUUUGGAUCAGCUACGACAAAAUUGUAAACAGAAUUCAUUUUUCAACUUGGAAGCUGUUCAGUCAGCUCUCAUGCAAGUCCAAGCAUCUUGUUCUGAUGCUCAAAAAACCAAAUUCAGUGACUUAUUUGCCUUAGUAGAAGAACUAGACGAUAUUAAAGCAACUAAACCUGCCAGGACGGGAGGUCGAGGAAAAGUUUCUGCGAAGAAUAUGACCAAAUCAAAGCCUACAGUUGUAGACUCAGAGACAGAAACGGACAGCACGGAAGAUGACGAAGCAAUAAAACCAAAACCUAGGAAAAAGAAAAGGACUUUAUUAGGUUUUGAUAGCGAUUAACAAAUUGUGUUUAUAAAUUUUAAAGACAUUCUCAUCAAGAAGUGCUUUGUUCUGUGAGAGCGCAUGAUCAGUGUAUAGAGACAAGUAGUAGUUGGAUCAUGUACCGCCUUCACCAUGAAUUAAAAAGACUCAUCACAUUUUCAUCAGAGACAUUAUAUUGUUAUUUGUAAAUAUUUGUAUAUCAGCUGCAUGAGGCCAAAAAUGUGCUCUAUUGUUUUUAAAUAAAC